CACCUUGGUAACCGGCCGUCAAAACACUACGUCGACGAGCGUCAUCGGGAAGGCCUGGUCUCCAGACGAUCAUCGACGUCCUCUAUGGAUUGUCUUACCCCCCGACGAUCGCGACGCUCGAUAGGCGAAGUCGGAGAACGUCGUAUCCGCGACUGAGAUGAUCGCCGGCGUGGUAUCUGUUCGGUAUCAUCCGGAAUGUAAAAGCUGACGACAACGCAAGUGCGAUUCUAUCGGGAACAAGUGCCUUAGAUCGAAGCAUGAGCCUAGGGAAUCCUUGGAUCGUUUGCCUCGUGCUGACCAUCCUCGCCUUCUUCCAAAGAGGGUGGGCCAUCGACUGUUUCAAGUGCGUCUCGAUCGAUGGUGAUAACAAACCGUGCGAUGACCCAUUUCACAACAAUGGUAGCCUCGCUUUCUUAGAAUCUCCCUGCCUGGGGGGUCGAAAAGGCCGGGAUGGCCUCUUUCCAGCCACAGCCUGCAUCAAGAUUGCCGGCAUAUACGAUGAAUCCGGUGUAUCUCUCAUGGUGAGAAGCUGCGCGUUAGACAGCGGAACUUUGACGACGGACUCCGAGAUUAUCAGAAUGUCCCACUGCGGUGGUUUUUACUUUGACAACAAGUACGUUCGCGGGUGCGUGCAAUCUUGCAGCGACGCAGACGCGUGCAAUGCGUCGUCGAGGAAUUUCGCAUCGCUGAUUGUCUUAAUAUUGCCGAUUCUCGGAUUUGUGUAAUUUAAAUGAGAAAAAGUUUGCGAAAAUGAAAAAUCAUCACUCGAAGAACGAAACAAUCCGGACGGAAUAAGAAAAAUAAGAAAAAUUGAACAGCAGCUCCAAGAAAUUACAAUGUACAGCAUGUUGUAGUGAUUAUACCAAUGUACGACCAUAAUUAAUUAUGAUGAUCUUUCAUUAAGUCUUAGGACACACAAAACAGACUAUAUAGUGAAUACUGCCAGAUUACGAUUAAGCUAAGAUAUGAUAUAUUGUUAUCGUUAAACAGUAAUUCACAUCAUUUAUUCUAGCCAUCACUAGCUUUGCGAUUACAGCUUGAUAUCAAUAAAGCAUAUUUUAAAUUGUUAAACACA